CGUGGCGACGGGCGUGAGAAUUCACGGGAGACUCCAACCAGCGCUGAUCUCCAUGUUGGUGUAAAAAAAAGCCCCGAAGCUACCCAGGAAAAAAAAUAAGGGGACGGGGGUAGGAGCAAAAAACAUUCAGAAAAAAAAACUAGCGGCGGCGUCGUCAGCCGGUGCAUUUACUCCUAAAAAAAACCCCGCUUGGUGUCAACGGAUAUAAAUAUAUAUUUUAGGGGGAUGGGAGGCAGAUGUAUUGUUAGUGUAUAGCAGGUUGAGCUUUGUUCAUUUAUUUGUUUAUUUAUUUAUCUAGCUCGGGAUUGAUUAUUUAUUUAUGUAAUAUACUGACAACAUUCCGACCAUGGUGCGCACUGGGAGUGAAUGACAGUGCUUCCGUGGCAUUCUGGAUGGAUGGCUGUAGGAAGUCCUGAGCCUGUCUGGAUGAUCCCGUGCGUUAGAUGUCCACUAGAGGAUGGCGGUGCUGAGAGCACUAAUCUGGGCAGUGCUGGUCUUUGGGCUUCUGCACGCAUCUCAUGCUGUGAAGAAGUAUGUGAAGAAAGGCAAGGGCAAAAACAAAGGACUGGACCACUGCCCCUUCUCAGCGACGAAGGCCACACUGGCUCGGAACGAUUCUAAGGAAGAGGUCUCCGUUGUUAACACCACAAGCACCAUCAUCAACCGGAUGCUGCAAUUUUAUGACCCGCGCAUUCGGCCCAAUUUUAAAGGUCCACCUGUGGACGUUCGAGUGAACAUUUUCAUUAACAGCUUCGGGUCCAUCCAGGAAACCACAAUGGACUACCGCGUGAAUAUCUUCCUGAGACAGAAGUGGAACGACCCACGCCUGCGGCUGCCGCAGGACUACCAUGGCUCAGACAUGCUCACCGUGGACCCCAAGCUCUUCAAGUGCCUCUGGAAACCCGACCUCUUCUUCGCGAACGAGAAGAUGGCCAACUUCCACGACGUGACGCAGGAGAACAUCCUGCUCUUCAUCUCGCGCAACGGCGACAUUCUGCUCAGCAUGAGAUUGUCUCUGACCCUGUCCUGUCCUCUGGACCUCACCCUCUUUCCAAUGGACACACAGCGCUGCAAGAUGCAGCUUGAGAGCUUUGGCUACACCACGGAUGACCUGCGGUUCAUCUGGGAGCCGGGAGACCCCGUGCAGAUGGACCAGGUCGCCCUCCCCCAGUUCGAUGUCGGCACUGACAACAUCGAGUACGGGAACUGCACCAAGUUCUACCAGGGAACAGGGUACUACACCUGCGUGGAAGUGAUCUUUACACUACGGCGACAGGUCGGCUUCUACCUGAUGGGGGUCUACGCCCCGACCCUGCUGAUUGUGGUGCUCUCGUGGCUCUCCUUCUGGAUCAACCCCGACGCCAGCGCUGCCCGCGUGCCUCUCGGUAUUUUCUCGGUGCUCAGCUUGUCAUCGGAGAGCAUGUCGCUGGCCGCCGAGCUCCCCAAGGUGUCGUACGUGAAAGCCAUCGACAUCUGGCUCAUCAUGUGCCUGGUCUUCACGUUCGCCUCCCUCGUCGAGUACGCCAUUGUGCAGGUAAUCCUCAACAACCCCGGGCGGAUCGCAGCUGAGAAGGUGCGCCAAGCCCGCCGGCAGAAGCUUCGCGCCGCCGAAGCGGAGGAGCGAGCACUGCGGAGCGGCGGCGGUGGCGGCAGUGAUGCCACAAGACAUUCCUAUGGCGGCGGCGGAGUGGUCAGCGGGGGAGGCACUUUGGGGCGGCCUUCCCCACGGAUAAACAUGGCCACCAACGGCAUGGCCACGCCCGGCCACAUCAGCAUCCUGCAGGGAGGAGACUCGCGGUGCAAGCGCGUGUGCCAGUCUCGCUCGGACCUGCGCAUGGGCGACUUCAGCAUCGUGGGCAGCUUGCCGCAGGACUUCGACCUCACCAACUACGACUGCUACGGCAAGCCAGUGGAGGGGCUGGCCACGCGGCCCAACGGCAGCAUGCGUGGCGCCAGUGGCGGCGGCAAGAACGCCAAAAAGCCCCCGCCACCCAAGGCGGUUAUCCCGAUGGAGGCCAAGCGCGUGGACCAUUACGCCCGCGCUCUUUUCCCCUUCUGCUUUUUCUUCUUCAACAUAAUCUACUGGUCUGUGUACCUUUGAUGGUGGGCCAGCUCGGGUUUUAUUUUUUCGAUGAGGUGGAUGUGAAGGAAGGCAAAGGCAAAUCCUUUCACCUAGCGUCCCACCGUUAUUGCCAUUCCCUUAAAAGUACUGUGACGGUAAAUCCUGGGGCUGAGAUGGAGUCGCAACAUUUGGUGUGUGUGUGAAGCAGCUCUGUUAACCUUGCCUCCACCAAUGAGACGAUUGUACAUAAACAUUGGGGAUCUUUAAAAAAAAGAAAUGACCGUAGCAGCAUUGACUCAUUCUUAAAUUACGCACGACUAAUUCUGCAGGGUUUUUACGAAUACAAAAUGACAGAAAAAUGCAUUUUAUACUCGCACACAUCUGUAUAACAGUAUAUUUAUAUAAUACACACACACGCAUAUUGCAUACAAUGCAUAUGAGGUAUAUAUACGUGUAUACAACACAAAGUAUAUAUUAACUUACAUAUAUAUGUGAUUGUAUGCAACACACUGAAGUAUUUCUCCAAAAGUGAAAGGGUUGUGGCUUUGUUUCCCUUCAAUGACAUACCAGAUUAGGCGUACACCUCCACACAAAGAUGGACUAGACUCGCAGUCGAGGAGAAGAAUUGAGUUACCAGCUAUCGUCAUAAAACAUCAGGGCUAAUUUAAUGACACCAGACUACUCGUCAGCUUAACAAGAAGCUCCCAUGGCAAUUGCAUAAAGAAUUUGACAGAAAACAAAAAAACAUAAAAUAAGCAGAAUCAAAAUCUUUCUAAUUGUUUCUUAUGUAUACCACAGCCUCUCCUUAAUCGAAUCAACCAGAGGUAACAAGCCCCAUGGAGACUUAUAGAUGCACACUCGUUGUUUACAUGGUAAAGCAAGCCAUGUCACGUUUAUAAAAAAAUAUUUAUAUAUUAUGACCAAUAUUCUUGGGUCUUUCAGUAAAGUCACGUAGAUAGGUUCAAAGAAAAUAACAAAAAAACAACAAAAAACGAUGACGUUUCAAUCGCAAUACAAGCAAUCGUCAUCAGGAAAAAGAAAAAUUAGCGGGAAAGGUGCUGAGGCAGGAUGUUUUGAACCUAUCUACGUAGCUUUACCGAAAGACCCAACAAUAUGAAUUCCUGCAGUCACGAAAGCUUUAAGUCAAGAUAUUAUGACCAAGUUGAGAAAAAAGCGGUUCGGUUUUUGGAUAUGACCUAUUUUCAGUCAAUCACAUUUACAUCACUUAAAUCCGGGUUACAGCGAUGUUGUGAGAGUAACCCAACAUUUGAGGGAUGCACCGUGACAAAGGGAAAUUAUUUUGUUUCAGUGUCUUAAUCAGUGUUGAUAUAAAAGUCACCCGUUUACAGUGAGUUUUCGUUAAAAAGCACAAGAGCCCAGCUCGGUUGUCUAGUAUACUCGCUACGUGACACUGCAUGCCGACUUCCGAUGAUUGCAGUCACAGUGCAUGCAGUGCGAAUGCUACAAAAUAACAACAAGGUCAUUGUCUUCAACCGCAGACAAGAGCAUCUCGCUAUGCGGCCACACUGGCUGGUGACCCAACAAGUAAAAUAGGAGUCACGUUCGUCAAGCGGAGAUAGUUGACCCCCACCCCCUCAGUAACAGACCAGCUUCACUGAUUUUGCUGGGAAAUAAUUGGCAAAGCAUUGUAGCAAAGUUUUGCGGCCAUGAGGUCGAAUUCACGGAUGGAAUUGCGCCCGCGUGAAGCAAAACACCAAUCAAUCCAUUGAGAUGAUGGUACGUAAGCUGUGCUCCACUAUAAACCGAACCAAUGAUCAAACGGCAGGUAUCUAUAUAAAUGUAGAGAUUAUUCCCAGUGCCCUUUCUAUUGUCGAUAUGCUUUGAGUUAUGAGAAGUUUAAAAGGUAGGUGCAUUAGAUUUAGUUGUGAUGUAUCUCCUUUUUUACCAGCUGAGUUGAGGUUUCAUCAGUUGGCGAUGUCAGUUUUGUUCACCUCGAAGCUGCUGUAUUAGUUUUUUCAGACGGAUGUCACCAUUUGUGAGACUUCUUUCAUCAUUGCGCGAGUAGGAUAGCGGGCCAGUAAUGUGCUGAUGACCCCUAAUGAGGUCGAACCAGCAUACUUUUUUUUCUUCCAAUGUCUCAAAUAUUCAAUUAAAAACAUAUAUACUUUGAAUGUUUUAGGAUGGUGGCUAAAGUUGUGGUACAUAUAUACUGUGUAGAGUAUAUGCGAUUUUGAUGACACUUGCAUGCUAUCGUGGGACAGCCUGGUCACAAUUUUUGCUCUGCAUUGUUUAUUUCACCAUCUUCGUCACCGGGCCUGCUCAUGUAAUUGCUGGCUGAGGGAGUUCUCUCUCGAUAAAUUGUAGUGGUGGUGGGGGGGGAUUGUUGUUCCUCAGAAUCUUGCCAAUUGGACAAUGGCUCAAACACCACCGCCGCGGGUGGGUGACCUUUAGGCCGAAGAGCAGGUGGGCGGUGGCUGUUGUGCACUCACGUGCUGCCUGUAGGGAACCCUUUCCAGUGGUGUUCACACCGUAGAACAGUCAAGAGCGACUCGUGACACGGACAUCGCAAUGGGAAUUAAUAAAUGUGCGUUACUGAGAAAUGGGCAUGCUCAGCAAUUUGAUAUAAGCCAUUUAAUUCUUACUAUAAACCAUUCACUUGCUGGUAUAUGUACAGUAAUGAAAUAAUUUAUAUUCAAAAUACGAUUAUUUCUAUAAAAUAUUGCAACAACCCAUAAAUUUGACAUAUAGUCCUCCAUUCCUGCUUUCAUUGUUUCAUUUUUAAUCAAAUUAGAUUGUGUUUGUAAAUGCAUUUUUGGGUAGUAUAUGUAUUACUGAUAUUUUUAAUUUGACAAUCACAUUAAAUUACACUUAUCAAAUGAAUACUAAUUAUAACAAUAGUCCUGGCUAGGUGAACGAAUGUAAUAUAUUAGAUGAUGUUUACUAUAUUCAGAUUAUAGAUAAUCUGUAUGAGUAAGACGCGCUCUACACUCGCUCCCAGUGUUCAUGAUGAAGUUGUACAAAUAUGGUCACACACAUACCGACUGGAUUGUAAGACUUACGCCAACUGUCGCUUUACAAUACUGGGACAAGAGUGCAACUUAAUAAUCCAGAAAAUAUGGUGACUAAUGUCUUGGAAGCUCGUAUUAGUAAGAAUGUCUGCCAUUUGUUGAGGCAGGUAAUGAGCUGCUAUAUCUUUAUGCAGAAGAGACUUGUUAAAUGGUUACAUUCAGCUCACAAGAAAUUACAGGCAAUUAAUGUCGUUGCAUAGGAAAACGGGCGGGCAUAUGCGAACUUAAACUACGAGCUAGAGUUGUGCAUAUUAACGUGUGAUUAACCGCACACUGCGAGUGUACACCACAACUACAUUUAACACCUUCUUUCACACCGUUCCCAACAACCACGAACUAUGGUGAGUAGCAAAGCCCUCUUCCAGGCACUUAGCUUGGACAGCCCACUCAGACGAAUGCUACUCCUGUGUAUUUACUUUGUGCAA